AUGGGUAGACGUAAUUACAGAUAUUGUAAGAAUAAGCCAUACAUCAAGUCAAGAUACUGUCGUGGUGUUCCAGAUGCCAAGAUCAGAAUUUACGAUUUGGGUCGUAAGAAGGCAUCCCCAGAUGAAUUCCCAUUCUGUGCUCAUUUGAUCUCAUUGGAAUACGAACAAUUGUCCUCUGAAGCUUUGGAAGCUGGUCGUAUCUCAUGUAACAAGUACAUCACCAAGAUGGGUGGUAAGGACUCCUUCCACAUGCGUGUCCGUGUUCACCCAUGGCACGUUCUCCGUAUCAACAAGAUGUUGUCGUGUGCCGGUGCAGAUCGUCUCCAAACUGGUAUGAGAGGUGCCUACGGUAAGCCAAUGGGUACUGUUGCUCGUGUCAACAUUGGUCAAAUCAUUUUCUCCAUCCGUUGCAAGGACAACAUGUCUGCUCACGUCAUUGAGGCCUUCCGUCGUUCCUCAUACAAAUUCCCAGGUCGUCAAAAGAUCGUCGUCUCCAAGAAGUGGGGUUUCACCACCUACGACCGUGAGGAAUACAAGCAACUCAAGGCCGAUGGUCGUGUCAUCAACGACGGUGCCAACGUUAAAUUGAUCACCAACCAUGGUCAUCUCAAGGACUACGGAAAGUUACUCAAGGCUGCCAUCUAA